AUGUCUCCAGCCCUCGCCCUCGUGGCAGCUCUGCUGUCUCCACUUACUGCCGCACACCCAACAGCAUCAUCCCCGUCAGUGACCAUCGAUAGCGGCGUCGUCAUUGGCGUCACCGAACCACUCCUCAUCGCACCAGACGUGUCCGUGACGAAGUUUCUGGGCAUCCCGUUCGCCGACGAACCAGUCCGUUGGUCCCCUCCACAACCCGCAACCCCGUGGCCCACACCUCUCGCCGCCACAACCGUCGGUCCAGCAUGCAUCCAAGAAUUUCCCUACCCAGAAGCCUACCGGGCCCGGAUCAUGCGCCUCUUCAAUACGCCUAACGGCGCGCCCGCCCCGGAGGAAAGUGAGGACUGCCUUUCGCUCAAUGUGUUUGCUCCGCCAUCCGCAGUACCCGGUAGCAACGGGUGGCAUGACUGGUCGGACAGCAACGAGCCCCUACCCGUCCUCUUCUGGAUCUACGGCGGCUCCCUCCGCUUUGGCUACGGCGGGUCUCCUGCGUAUGAUGGCAGCAACCUCGCUGCUCAGAACAACGUGAUAGUGGUGACGAUCAACUAUCGCACCAACAUCUUCGGCUUUCCCGGCGCGAGUAUCCUGCCCAAGGGCGAGCAGAACCUCGGCUACCUCGAUCAGCGUCUAGCCCUCGACUGGGUCCAGCGCAACAUCGCCCAAUUCGGCGGCGAUCCCACCAAAGUGACUAUCUUCGGCGAGUCGGCGGGGGCAUUGAGUAUUGAUGCAUUGCUCACGCAAGCACCCACGAAUGAUGCCGGUACACUCCCCUUCCGCGCCGCUAUCCUCGAAUCCGGCACCGGAUCCCUACGAUCCCCAAUCCCAGAUUUCGGGUUCUGGUGGAAGAACGCUUCCUUGACCUUAGGCUGUGGCGCCGCAGGCGACGAUCUGGAAUGCAUGCGUGCCUUACCAGCUACGACGAUCAAAGACGCCAUCGAGCGAAACAUCAUCUCUACAUGGCCGCCUGUUCCCGACAACGUCACCUUCGCUGAAUACCCGCGCCAAAACCGCCUCGACUCAACAGCCGCAGACCUGCACGACUUCGCGCGCGUCCCGAUCUUGAUAGGCAGCAACGCCGAAGAGGGAAGGCUAUACUCGAUCGACGUCACGAGCUUGUACGCUUACAUCAACGCGUCCUUCCCGAACCCCACCAACAACCCGGCGAUCAGCUCUUUGGUGCAAACGCUGAACGAGACGUACACGGCUGUGUCGACGGACCCAUUCAUCAGCGUGGCAGCGCUAGUCACAGACAGCACCUUCCAAUGCCCCGCCGCCAUCGUCGGCCGAGAAACAGCACAAGUCGGCGUCCCCACUUACAGAUACUACUACAACGCCAGCUUUCCCAACCUCGAAUUAUUUCCCCGCGCCGGCGUGUGGCAUUCCAGUGAGGUGCCGGUCGUGUUCGAGACAUUCCCCCAAGGCACCGCCACCCAAUGGCAGAAGGACCUGUCCGCUGGGAUCGGGAAGAUCUGGGCGGAUUUUGCGCGGGAGCCAGCUACGGGAGGGGGAGGAGACUUGCCGGGUUUACCGGAGCUGGCGGUUCUCGGUGGCGGCGCGCGGGCGGAGAAUGGUGACAGUGACAGGGGCGAUGGGCAGGUGGUCAAGGUUGUCGGGGGGGAUGUGAUUGGGGAGGUUGACGCGCGGUGUGGGAUUUGGGAGGCGGUUUAUGAUGCGCGGUGUGCGAAUGGUGUCUGCUAG